UUUUUCUUAAAAUACUCUCAAAUAAAUUAAUGUAUCAGAUUGAUUUUAAUGACUAUGGUAUACCAUUUUUUAAUAAAAGAUCUUCAUUCUCAGGAUCGGCCUGACAAGUAUUAAACCCCGACAACCCAGCCAAGCACCUCGUCGCAAACCGCCGCCUAUCAAGCACUGUUCACCCAUUUUUUUUCCCUUCUUUUCUGUUUUUUCUUAAACCUUUUUCUGUCUAACUAAGCAUAAUUUAUUUUUCUUUUGGUUCUUCCAUUGUCGAAAUUUUUCUUUCCACUAAUCUUUUUCUGUUCCACCUUUACUUUCUAACCAAACACACUUUUUUCUUUCCUCUCACUUAUCUCCGCUACCAAAAAUAGUAAUUAACUGAUAAGGACAAAGUUUGAUGACUUUAGACGAAGCUUACAUCCAAAAUCAGUGAAUCAAUUAAUUUAUAACGCAUCAAUAUAACCAUUAUAGUGCUCAGGACAGUUUUAUUUUCCACUUGAAAUUUUAUCUUUUAUAUCAUAUUAUAAUACAACCAUAAAAAAGUGUAUAUAAUAUUCCGAGAUAAAGCAAAGCCGGCGAAUGUUGGGCCCACUGAGCUUUGAAAUAUUGGACUGGGCCAGGCCCAAUUGGAUGAGCAAGUAAGGUUAGGUGAAAAGAAACGAUGUCGUUUUGGGGGGAAGUUUCAUAUCAAUUUCCCUUCCAUCUCCAAAAUCUCCAUAUUCAACUGUCAUAACUGGCUGGCUGCCUUACUUCACUCAAUCCCACCAUUAUUCCUCUUCCACCACCAAACUCUUCUUCUGUCUCUUCUGUCUGUUUUUCCUUCCAUGAAACCCUAGGCCCAAAUGUCCUUCUCUGCCCUCUUCCUCGUCGCCCUCCGGCUUUUGUUACUGCUAUCCUGCUUCAACUCCGUCGCCUUAACUCAGCUUCAAAACGAUGCCGUUUCGUGCCCUUUGAACUUCACCGUCCUCCGGCAACUAGCUCCGAGCCCUAAACGGCGUUCUCUUGACGUCGCCACUGAGUGUCGGUAUGUCCUCCAGAGCCUCCGACUCGUCCAGUCGAACUAUCUCCGACUCACCAACUCGUUUGUACCUCCUCUCAACUCGUCUGAAUCGUGCUGGUCCGAUUACCAAAACCUGCUUAAGGAUUACGUUCCUAAUUUCGAUAUUCUGUCCAAGUGUGGCUUCCAGACCAGCUGGAUCUCCCAGGGUUGCAUGAACAUCACCACCAGGGCGCAGUUCGAAGCCGUUGUCCCCAAAUCGGUGGUGAACAGUAUAGUUGAUAAUUGUAACCAGUCGUUACUCAAUGGUUCGCCCUGCGCCGCUUGCACAACCAGCCUGUCCAAUUUGCGGGCUUCGUAUUUGAUCGGAGCUUCCAUCGGGAACGUCUCCGAUUGCACGGCGUUCCCGUCGAUUUACGCGGCGGCUUUCGCCAACCAUUUUGGACCUACGGAUAUAGGGACGGCUAACUGCUUGUUUUUGCUCGAUUUCGCGACUCCGGGAUCAACAGGUACGAAGAAGCGGAAGAAAGUUGUGAUUUUCGUCGCUUUGAUUGGUUCUGGCUUAGGGUUGCUCGUGAUAAUUGGUGGGGUUUGGUUGUUAUGGCAUAAACAUAAGGAGUAUAAGGUGAAGAAGAGGAAGGAGGAACGUUCUAAAGAUAGAGAGAGAGGUUUGGGUUCGGCUUUAGAGUCCAUUAGUGGCAGUACUAAUUUGAUAAAGUUUACUUUUGAUGAGAUUAAGAAGGCAACUAGAAACUUUUCUAGGGAUAACAUAGUUGGGAGAGGAGGGUAUGGGAAUGUCUAUAAAGGGGUUUUGCUUGAUGGUAGUGAAGUUGCUUUGAAGAGAUUUAAGAAUUGUUCAGCUUCAGGAGAUACUAAUUUUGCUCAUGAGGUUGAGGUUAUUGCUAGUGUUAGACAUGUCAACCUUGUUGCUUUGAGAGGUUAUUGCAUUGCUACUACUCCCUAUGAGGGUCAUCAAAGAAUCAUUGUGUGUGAUUUGAUGAAAAAUGGGUCUCUUUAUGACCACUUGUUUGGAUCUCCUGAUAACAAGCUCAGUUGGCCUAUUCGUCAAAAUAUUGCCCUGGGGACCGCAAGGGGUUUGGCAUAUUUGCAUUAUGGAGCACAACCCUCAAUCAUCCAUAGAGAUAUUAAAGCUAAUAAUAUACUUUUGGAUGAGACAUUUGAAGCCAAGGUGGCUGAUUUCGGACUUGCAAAGUUCACACCUGAGGGAAUGACACAUUUGAGCACGAGGGUAGCUGGAACUAUGGGAUAUGUAGCUCCAGAGUAUGCCUUGUAUGGCCAGUUGACAGAGAGAAGUGAUGUGUAUAGCUUUGGUGUUGUCCUUCUUGAGCUUUUAAGUGGGAAGAAAGCACUUCUUGUGAAUGAUGAGAGCCAACCCUCUCUUGUAACAGAUUGGGCAUGGUCUUUAGUAAGGGAAGGGAGAGCUUUAGAUGUUAUUGAAGAUAAUAUGCCAGAAAAGGGUGUGCCUGAAAUCUUAGAAAAGUAUGUGUUAAUUGCUGUUCUCUGUUCUCAUCCACAGUUGUAUGCCAGGCCAACUAUGGAUCAGGUUGUGAAAAUGUUAGAAACAGACUUGUCAGUUCCCAAUAUCCCAGAACGACCAAUUCCUUUAGUCGCUGAUAUUGAUGAUAUCGAGAGAUCCAUCAGCAGUAGUGGCUCAGGUAAUCUCUCAAGUUCCGGCUUUCACCAGUAUCACAGUUAACACCCUUUGGUUGUAGGUAUCUUCCAGUAGUAUAGGCAAUGAAACUAAAUCGAAAGUAUCAGGUCCUAAUUGGUAAGUUCCUAAUUCUGGAGCUAACUUUCUUGUAUCAUUAGUUCAUUCUUCCUACAUGCUCUUAAGUUGAACAGAGAUGAUGAUUUCAAACAUACCCACUGACGUUUCAAUUUCAUUUGUAUCAUAUUCAUUAUAGCCUGAUUGGAUAGAACAUUAGAAUUGUAUAUAUUAUCUUAUAUUCCACAGAUUAAUUUUGCUUGUGCAUCUAGUGAUUUUUGUGAA